GUCUACGUGGUGAGGAGUGGAAUCAUCCUAAUUGUGCACCUAUCACCAUGGUUGAGACCCGUACUGGGCUAGAGACUAUCUAUCACCAUGGUUGAGACCCGUACUGGGCUAGAGACUAACCCCUAUAGCAAGGAGCAGCAAGAAAAGAUGGCCGCCUUAGUCAGAGAGAACAAAGAGAGGAAAGAGCGCGAGAAGCAGGCGAAGCUAAAGGCUAUCGCAGAUGACCAGGCGGCAAAGAUAAAGAGGUUAGAGGAGGAGAUGAAGAGGGUACAACAGGAGGAGGAAGAAAGAAGGAAGGCUGCUGAAGCAGAAGCGGCAGCAGAAGAAGAGAGAGAGAGAAUGAGAAUUGAGAGUGGAGAAGGGAGCAGUGGUGGCACGAUGAAGUGGGAGACAGACACUGAGCUSGAGAAGAAGAUCAGCGAGUGGGUGUGUAGAGCGGAGGUGUUGGCCCAAUCAGAUGAUAAGGCCAAGUGGGAAAAAGUACUGGGCUAUCUAGAGGUGUUGAGCAAGGCCUGGAUGGAGGAGCGCCAGGCAAGCUGGAGCCAGGAUGUAGCGUUGAGUGCCAUGCGGUCCGGGUUCAGGGAUUUUGCGUGCGAAAUCGUCACCCAUAUUGGGGGUGAAGUCAAGCAAUUGAGAGACAACGUAGGGAAGUUUUGUGAGGGCGCCAUUCAGGGUGCCAAAGCUGCAGCCGCUGUAGAAGGAGAAGCCAGACCCCGUAAGGACCCAGUGAAGCUUAAGUUUCCGGAUGCGUACGAGGGAAAGAAGGAAGAAAACUUUGACAACUGGGAAGCCAGUAUCAAUAGUUAUAUUUACUUGCAGCAUAUCUUGGCCGAGGAACAAGUCCUUGUGGCCUUUCAGGCCCUCAAAGAUGAAGCGGCUAGCUUCGCCAGGUCUCUUGCGUGUACAGCCGGUUGUGAAAACAACCUGGUUGCGUAUUCCAAAGUCACUCCUCUCUCCCAAUUCCUCAAGCUCCUCAAGGAGCGGUUCGCUGACCCAACRCGAGGCAUUAGAGCCUCUGMYAAGCUCCAAACGAUUCACUCUCGGCARUGGAGGAGUGCCAAGGCACUCAAGGGUACUAUGGACGACUUGGUAGCCGUCCCGGACCACGGGGUCACCAAGCCCCAGUUGGUCCAGUUGUUUUAUUGUGCCAUCCCAGAGGCCCUACGCGGGCAUUUCUUUGACAAGUCGCAGCAGGCCGGCAUCACAUACGAUCAAUUGAGUAGGGAGGUCGUCAUGUAUGAGUCAAAGUCUAUGCCACUUACCACUUUCUGGCAUAAGGACCUGGAGAAGGGGAAGAAGUGGAAGAAUCGUACUAUCUCAGGCCAAGUAAAGGCCAAGGAUCACAUGAUCCUGUCUAUGCCAGUUACCACUUUCUGGCAUAAGGACCUGGAGAAGGGGAAGAAGUGGAAGAAUCGUACUAUCUCAGGCCAAGUAAAGGCCAAGGAUCACAUGAUCCUAACGUUAGAGGAAGGUGGUACAGAUGAGGUCCCGUAUGAUCAGAUUGAGUGGGGCCUUGAAGAUGAUGGCAGUAGUGUGGGGCAGGGGAGGUCUUACGCUGCUGUCGCGGCUGGAGGGAGGCCGCAAGGAGGAGGAGGAGGCCAGGUUCAAAGGGGCCAGGCCAUGGGAGGCCGAGGACCGGGCGCACAGGGGGUUGGCGGACAGGGAAACCGCCAAGCGGGAGGUAGGGGUCAAGGUCCCCCGUCAAAUCGCCAGGGUAAUCGGUUCCCACAACGAAGAGGUGGAAGAGCACCUCAAGGAGGUUGGCACCCAGGCUUGCCACAGGGCAGGCCCUGGGAAGACUUGGGCUUGGACCGACAAUUAUGGCAGGAACGCGUGAACAUGGGUCAGUCUUACUUUUCUAAUUGGGAUCAACGGAUUCUCGCUGUAGAGAAUCAAUGCUCUGCCAUCGACGGCAAGGUCGAUAAGUUGACAGCAAGCCUUGAUUCCCUGACAGCAAGUGUCAACAAAAUUUUGCAGCAUCUGCAACUCCCUGUGUCUCCUCCCCAACCUCUUCAACCUGUCCCAACAUCAGUUUCACCAUCCCACAGUCGUCCAGCUUCCCCUGUUGGUUCCCAUGUGUCCACUACCUCUGUUCCCUCUGGCACAUCUGAUCAGCGGCAGCCCAAGCUGACGCCACCUCCUAUGUACUCUGGGGAAGACCCCAAGGUGGAUGUUUCAGAUUGGGUUACCGUUAUGCAGGCGUACCUGGGCAGCUUCGUUUGUCCAGAGAUGACAAAGGUAGGGACUAUUCUGGGUCGUCUGGAGAGGACUGCACUUAAGUGGUGCACAUCCUCUGCAGCGAAACAGAAUCUGCCCAUGGACAAAUGGGCGCAGCAGUUGAAGGUGGCGGGGUUGCUGCAGGCCCUGCGAGACCGGUUUGCAGACAUUAAACAAACCCGAAAAGCAGCUGAUAAGAUACUGCUGUUGGGUUCACGUAGGUUUGAGGGUUCCCUGUCCAAGCUCUACAGUCUGUUUGAGAGCUUGAUUGCUACACCCGGUCUGGAGAUGAGUGAGUCUGACCAGCUCACUCACUUCCUGCGCGCAGCGCCUCCAGACUACCCAAUUGCUUUGUACUCUCAGGGCCACAAGGACUGGAGGUCCUUUGGCAAAGCGGCCCUGGACCUGGAGUCUCGGCUCAAGGUUCAGGAACCUUCUGAUGGAAGGAGGAGGCCCUCUUCCAAGGGACAGCGUAGGAAGAAGGGUGCUCUGCUGGCUGCUGAUGUAGGAUCCGAUUCUGAUGCAUCUCAGCGUGGCAGUCCUCCAUCCGAGACUGCAUCAGUAUCAGCAGUGGAGCCAGUCGUUCUUGCCCUGGCUGAGAACCUUGCUGCCAUGUUCGAAGUGAAGAUGGGAAACAAGAGCAGCAAGAACUCAGCGAGUCAAAAGGGGAAAGGGAAGGGACGUGCCACUUCCCCUCAGGCCCAGAGACCUAACUUACCAUGAGACGUCCAUUGGCCAGUCAACCCCAUGGAUCCUUCCACCCUUCACUGGAGAGCGCUCAGGAUCC